AUGAAUCCAUAUAUCUCAGUUUGCUAUUUAUCUCUGCUUUUGUUAUUUAAUUUAACAAGAGCCAAACCCGUUUCUGAUCUACAGAGUUUGAAACAGCUUUUAGAAGCGGAGAUCAACACCGCGCCGUAUUAUUCCACGGAGGAGAUCGAGGUGGAAGGGAAAGAUGGAAACACAGACAAGUCGGUGUUCGGUGCAUCACAGCAGCGCCCUUGGGAAUCCUCCGACCCCAGCAAUUCGGCACUGGCAACUAAAGAAAACGUCCUUACGCGAAUCUUCAAAGACCUCAUGAGGACCUCCAAACGCUCGUGGAGCCGAUACAAGAAGGGCGGACUGAGGAGCUGCUUCGGUGUCAGACUAGAGAGGAUCGGCUCCUUCAGCGGGCUGGGAUGCUGA